UUCACUCUCGCUCUAGUCAUGGCUGCUCCCAAGACCUUGGGGACUGCUACCCAAGUAGACCCUGAUGGCAGCCAUCCGGGAGCCGGGGAUGUCACUUAUGAAGAUAGUAAAGAUUGUAUCCUGGAACCACUUUCCCUGCCAGAAAGUCCAGGUGGCACCACUGCUUUGGAAGGUUCUCCAUCUGUGCCUUGUAUUUUCUGUGAAGAACAUUUUCCUCUGGCUGAACAGGACAAACUUCUCAAACACAUGAUUAUUGAGCAUAAGAUGGUCAUAGCUGAUGUCAAGUUGGUUGCUGAUUUCCGAAGGUACAUUUUAUAUUGGAGGAAACGGUUCACUGAACAGCCCAUUACAGAUUUUUGUAGUGUGAUAAGAAUCAAUUCCACAGCUCCGUUUGAAGAACAAGAUAAUUAUUUUUUGCUGUGUGAUGUUUUACCAGAAGAUAGAGUACUAAGAGAAGAGCUUCAAAAACAUAGAUUGAAAGAAAUUCUGGAACAACAGCAGCAAGAAAGAAAUGAUAACAGUUUUCAUGGCAUCUGUAUGUUUUGCAAUGCAGAAUUCAUAGGAAACAGAUCUGUUCUUUUGAACCACAUGGCCAGAGAACAUGCUUUCAACAUUGGGUUGCCAGACAACAUUGUGAACUGCGGUGAAUUUUUAUGUACAUUACAGAAGAAGCUUGACAACUUGCAGUGCUUGUACUGUGAAAAGACCUUCCGCGACAAAAAUACUCUGAAAGAUCAUAUGAGGAAAAAACAACAUCGUAGAAUCAAUCCUAAGAACAGAGAAUACGACCGAUUUUAUGUCAUCAAUUAUUUGGAACUUGGAAAAUCGUGGGAAGAAGUUCAAUUGGAAGAUGAUCGGGAGUUGCUAGACCAUCAGGAAGAGGAUUGGUCUGACUGGGAAGAACACCCUGUCUCUGCUGUCUGCCUGUUUUGUGAAAAGCAUGCAGAAACAAUUGAGAAAUUAUCUGUCCACAUGGAGGAUGCACAUGAAUUUGAUCUCCUCAAAAUUAAGUCAGAACUUGGCUUAAAUUUCUAUCAGCAAGUGAAAUUGGUAAAUUUUAUUCGAAGGCAGAUUCACCAAUGUAGAUGUUAUGGUUGCCAUGAGAAGUUUAAGUCCAAAACUGAUUUAAGGACUCACAUGGAAGCCGCCAAACACACCACACUGCUUCCCGAAAGAAAGAUCUGGGACCAACCGCAGUAUUACUUUCCAACCUAUGAGAAUGAUACUCUACUGUGUACACUCUCAGACAGCGAAAGUGAUCUGACAGCCCCAGAACAGAAUGGAAACAUAGCCAUCAUCAGUGAAGACACAUCUAAACUCUAUGCUCUGAAACAAAGCAGUAUUUUGAACCAGUUGCUACUUUAAGAGCCCUUGAGAAAAACAGGAAAAAGAAUUGCCACAGAUAGACAUGAAAGAGUUGAAAUUUGAACAUCAACAAAGGAUGACUUCACGGUGAAGUUUACAUUUUUAAACAGUGAAUGUUAUUUUAAAGAAUAAAGUAGAAAAAUAAAAUGAGGACUUUUUAUAUUGGGGCUCAUAAGUUUUAUUAUAUAAUUACUGUAAAUUAUCUGAUGUCAUUAGAUUCAUAAUUGUCUGUAACAAGGAGUAAAUGAAGACCAGAAAGAAAUGAAACAUUCCAAUUAUUUCCAAAUCUAAUUUAAUCAGUUGUUUCAUUCUCUUUCCCACUGAAUUUUUAUCCAACAGUGCACACAGUUUGACAGACAUGAACUUUCUGUAUUACUAUUAGUAAGUUGUGAGCAUAGUAACCAAAAGAAGAGCCACAGAAUAAAGGAAAAUGGUCAAAAACCUGCAUAGUGCACAAAUAAAGUAUAUAGAUUAGACACUAGUUCACAGGAGAAGUACGUUCAGGGUGGUAUGACCGUAGACUAGACACUAGUUCAGAAUAAUUAAGAUAUGACUCUACUCUCAUUACUUCAUUACUGCUCUCUGCCGAGAAUUAGCAAGCUACCUAGAAGUGGGCAGUAAGUCAAAUUAUUUCCCUUGCAAUGCAUUUAUUACUAACAGAAAAGUACCCCUUUUUUGAAAGCAUAAACAAAAUACCAUUAUGAUACCUAACAAAAUAAACAACUUCUGAUUAUUAAAUGUUUUUAAUUUAU